AUGGACGCACUGCGACAGCGUGCAGCAAGUGUGGGUGGGUCACCUGGGUUGGAAAUCCGGAGCGUUGAGCGAGCUAAUUUGGGCUGCAGGGGAAAGCGUGUCUGUGCAAGCGUGUUGCAUGUUCUGGCUAUGACGCGAUGCGCAAUCGGAGAUGCAGUGAACUCAGUAAUAGUUGUGGAUGACUUUGAAGGUGUAUCUCUAGGACGUUCUGGCUCGAAGGGAGAGGAUGAAGUGGGUAGUGCGGGCGGACUCGGCUCCGGAGAGACGGCACUGGGGAAUAUAAAUGUACACGGCGUGGGCCCAUCGAGGGUGAUGUCAAGCAUAGGAUGGUGGGAAGGGAAGGAGAGUGUGCAGGGGGUCAGAGAGAGGAUUGCGCCUGAGGAGUGGUCAUACAUGGACAUUGUUGCGAGCGCGUACUCACCGAUUGUUGCUUGCGUUGCUGAGCGGGAAGAAGUACGCAAAUGCAUGGAAUUACUGAAGAAGUCGUUCGGCAUUGGUCAACAACGCGGAUGCGCAAAUGCGAAUGCAAAAAGGAAGGCGAGCGUAAACAGAGGAGGACAACGAAAGAGAGGCAAUGCAAGCGGUGGAGCGAGGAGCGAGGAGCGGGAGGGAUGGAAGGGAGACAAGAAGUUGGGAGGAUAG